AUGCAGGUGUCAUCCGUGACGACGCAAAUGGCCUCAGUGAAGCUAGCGAUGACUCAGAAUGGACCGCGCGAUGCCGAUCCCAUGGCCGAGCCGGAAAUCGUCGAUCCGUUCUGCAACGCGGACAACCCGCAGAUCAUCAGCUUCCAGGACGUUACGUCGGCAGCGUUCAAGAUACGAAAGGGCGUCGAGCUGACACCCUGCGUGAAAUCUCACUUUUCCGACCUGAUCGACAUGGACAUCUACCUGAAGAAGGAGUUUCUGCAGUUCACCGGCAGCUUCAAGGAACGUGGCGCUCGCUACGCGCUGCUUAUGCUGUCGGACGAGCAGAAAAAAACUGGCGUAAUCUCGGCCUCCCUCGGGAACCACGCCCAGGGCCUGUCGUAUCACGGCUGGAAGCUCGGCAUCCCAGUGACGGUGGUAAUGCCGUUGAAGGCUUCGCUGAUGAAAAUUCAGAAAUGCCGCAACUACCACGCUAAUGUCGUCGUUCAGGGCGCGGACAUGGGUGAAGCGAAGCGAAUUGCGCUGAAAAUGGGUCACGACCGAGGCCUCACGUACAUCAACGGGUACGACCAUCCGCACAUUAUGUCCGGCCAAGGCACGAUCGGGCUGGAGAUCAUCGAGCAGGUGAGCGAUAUCGAUGCGGUCGUCGUGCCGGUUGGAGGAGGCGGUCUGAUUGCUGGCGUCGCGACAGCCAUCAAGAAUCUCAGCCCGAAUACCAAAAUCAUCGGUGUCGAGUCGGAAAAGUGUCCCAGCUUCACGCGAGCACUAGAAAACAAGAGCCCAGUGUUCGUGGCCAACCAGGAAACGCUAGCGGAUGGGCUGGCUGUGCCGCAGGUAGGCUACAACGCGUACGCCACGACCGUGCCGCUGUUGGAUAAAAUGAUCGUCGUCAAGGAGGAAUGGAUAGCACUCGCCAUUUUGCGACUUGUUGAGUUGGAAAAGUGCGUCGUUGAGGGUGCUGGAGCAGCGGGCUUAGCCGCUAUUCUGGCCGGUCAUUUGAACGAGUUUAUCGGCAAGCGAGUGGUGCUGCUAAUUUGCGGAGGCAAUAUCGAUACGACCAUGUUCGGCAAGUGUCUGGAACGUGGCAUGGCCGCCGAAGGACGUCUGCAGAGAUUCACCGUCACCGUCAGCGAUGGACCGGGCGGGGUCGCGAAGCUGUGCAAUCUGCUGGCCAGUCUGGGCGUUUCCAUCAAGGAUAUAAUGCACGAACGUGCCUUCAUCCGGGACAUUCACCACGUCGAGGUGAAAGUAAUUUGCGAAACGCGCGAUUGGGAACAUUCCAAGGAAAUGCGCAAAGUGCUGCAGGAAACGUACUCCAAGGUUCAUUUCUACGACAUGCCGAUGGCGAUCACGGAAUAGAAUCACCACAACGCCAGCUGAAUGGGGUUGGGUGCUGGAAAAGUUUCUCGCCAAUGAACGAGCGCAUGGUGUUCUUUUGACCUGAGCAACCUCUCACCUUACCAGACCGAGAGCAACGAAGAUCGGGUAGCUGAAAAUUCCAAUAAAUCG